CGUGCAUGUAAUGCCGUCCCGCGCAUAGUAUGGUCAAUUUUGCGAAGAGAUGGGAUUGAGAACAAAGCGCAGAGAACAGGUGAUAAGAUUCGUUAGAGCUGUAAAUGCUCAGAGGUCAAACAUGAACUAGAUUGAGAGGAUAGAGCUUACUACUCAAAAUCUAGAGUGCUUCAAGGUGGUGGCGCCGUUUUCGCUAUGAUAAUCUUAGUACGUGGUCCUUCACUUUAUGGCGGAUAACAUACGGUGAUACUUCUUCCAGACAUCGCACUGCUCGCCGCAUGGUUCAAGAAUACAAUUCUCUCCCUCAGUACAUCUGACCAUAGGCUCUGAGAUGAUUGUACCCAUAGCGAUCAAAAGUGUUGCAAUAGAGGGGCGAUGGAGUUCAGUUCUGGGCGCGCUCCAACAGACUUAUUGCAGGGUGAUUGACCUCGUGACAUUGAGUCAUGGUCCACUAAACCAACCCUUGCCAGGACAACUCACAAAAGGCAGCAGCUAAGUGCCCCACCUACUCACUCCGUGAUACGCAUUUUUCGAUCCUCUCUCCUCCAGAACUUGUCGCGUCGACCAUGCCCAAACCUUUCAUCGACUUUUGAAGACGUCAUCGCGAUACCCCUUUAUUCGCAUAUGAACGUCACGGAAGACGUAUUGCAAAAGAUAAAGGUUGAUGAAGGGAAGGACGUGCUCACAACAUACCUUGACAAUGCCUUGGAGAAGGUAAAGGUCGAAGAAGGAGAGGAGGGCGUGAGAAAGAUAAAACAGACCAUACACGAGGUGACUCCCUUCAAGACCAUGAAAUCAAGCCGAAACCCAGUACCUGCACCGGACAACACAGUUGCCAUUGUAGUGGACGUUCGGAAACGAGGGUCCUGUAGGGUGUAUAACACAAAGAAAUGGCUUGGAGGCGCUGGAGGCGUUGAUACGGACAACACGAAAGUCGUGAUUAUGCCAUGGCAUCAUAGCUGGAAAUACCUUUGCAUGGGAGAAAUGGAGAUGGCGUUUAUUUUAGCGACACCUUGUCCAUAAUCAUACUGAGAACGAAUUUCACAGCUAUUGCGCACUUUACAGAACUAAGGUUGUUAAUAUGAUACUAUAUUUGUUACGUAUAAGAGCUAUCUGUUGACAAUUCCUCCCCUAGAUAUCCAGCACGGCUGGCACAUUUGGCAUGCUUCGUGAUCCGAGCACAAUCGAAGCCGCCCUAAAGUGAAAAGAUGCACCCAGCAACCUUGCGGUGAACACACCCAACAUUCACCAGCUAGCGGCUGGUACGACCAAGAUGUUACCACAGACCUUAUCAGGCGACUCAUUUGAUCGUUCUGCGGUAUUGGGCGUUGCAUGAAUUUCAUAGUCAUCGUAUUUGUGGUAGUGAAAAGUAUAAAGGGCGGGUGUGUGAUUGAGACUGGGACGGUCAUGAUGAUAGGUUUGCCAGCACCUUUAUAGGAAUAGACGGUAUCUCUAAGGUCCGCUGCACUGAGCUGAUACACUUGUCCAUGUAGUUCGCGUAUAGGUGGGCCUAGUGAGUGCUUAGUAAAACUUCGGAUGAGAGAGAAUACAUACCUUGAUAAUCAGCAACAGCUACUGGGGGGAUUUCAUCUUGGUGGUCUUUCGGAAUGUGUUCUAUGGGCGCCGCUGGCUGUGCUUCUUCAGUGUCAGCGCACAUAGUUGAGUCUCGUGGACAACGUACCGGCCUUGAAAGCCUCGUAGCUUUGGUCAUAGAGACCCCGUGGCCCGUAGCGGGCUUCUGAGGCGUGUACGGCGAGGGCAUUGUUGAACUCUAUGCGAUUUAAGUAACGCUCCCACCCAUAAGAUUCUAUGCGAGAUUUCUCCAGUUCAAGGACUUGCCGCAGGCGAUUGAGAUUCAUAUUCCUGGUUUUCUCUAUUGGAAAGGCUAUACAAUGGAACCUGAAUACUUUCCAAUCCACUGUUCGUAAGAGCUUCUGUUUCUCGAUGUAAUCCUUGUCUUUCUGG